GCUACUGGAUUCCCAUAGCAGUGCAAAGGCCUACCUUUCCUCACAUUUUAACAGGUUACAGAAUUUUAUUGUCACAGCCAAACGAGAGAAGAAGUGUUAAGCAAGAAAAUGGGCAGAAAGAAAUAUUAUAAGAAGAGUGGCAAAGGAUUGGUUAAUAUUGAAAUUCAAAUGGAUAGAUGGAAUGUAGUGAGGGAAAAGCUACAAAUUAUGCCACAUCAUGAAGUGGCUAAACUGCUGUUAGAUACGUACUUCAUAUCUACUGGUCUUAGUUCCAACCUGGAUCAAGCUGCUGAUGAAAAAAUCGGUGACACCAGUGGGCAGAUCCCCAAAAAGGAAGUGUUAAGCAAGAAAAUGGGCAAAGUGAAAAUAAGACCAAGAUUUAACCUAAGCGGCAAAGGAUUGAUUGACAUUGGUAUUCAAAUAGAUAGAUGGAAAAUAGUGCGGGAAAAGCUACAAAUGGUACGAAAUCCUGAAGUGGCUAAAGUGCUGUUGGAUACGUGA